CGUCAUUGGAACCCAGGGACGCCCCGCAUGUUUCCGAACGGCCUCCAGGGGGCACCGCCGCCCUGAAUUGAGAGCCACCGGAGCCGGGUAGCGGGAGGUCCAACUUUCUGCUCUGUCAGAGGACGAUGCGGAGGGCCCAGAUGAGCAGGAUUUGGACCGUGCUGCUGGGAACAGGGGCCUACACUGGCCCCAGGAUGAGUUCGUCCGUACCUGGGGGCCCUGGGUUCUGACUCUCAGGUCAGACGCAGCCAAGAUGCAACUCAAGAACUUCAAGGUUUCCGCUCCGGCCGAGAGCCCCGGUCCGGCAGGGGAAAGGGUGGGGGAGUCGCCCUUGCUCCCCCAGCCUCAGCCCUCGAGGCGCACCGUCAGGGCGGGCGGCAGCACAGAAACCCCCUGCGCCGCUAGAGGGACCCUCGCAGCCGCGUCGCAGGCGACCUCGCGGUCACGUGUCGUGGGGGCGGGACCAAACGAGCGUCCGGCCAAUCGGCUAUGGCGUCGGCGAGCGUGAUAGCCAAUAGGAACCGGGAGCGGGGUCCCGGGACUGGGAAGAAACGGCGACCGGGAGGGGGCUCCGGGGACCAUGGGGCUCCUGACCAUUCUGAAGAAGAUGAAGCAGAAAGAGCGGGAGCUGCGACUGCUCAUGCUUGGCCUGGACAAUGCUGGAAAGACAACCAUCCUGAAGAAGUUCAAUGGGGAGGACAUUGACACCAUCUCCCCAACGCUGGGCUUCAACAUCAAGACCCUGGAGCACCGAGGAUUCAAGCUGAACAUCUGGGAUGUGGGUGGCCAAAAGUCCCUGCGGUCCUACUGGCGGAACUACUUUGAGAGCACUGAUGGCCUCAUCUGGGUAGUGGACAGCGCGGACCGCCAGCGCAUGCAGGACUGCCAGCGGGAGCUCCAGAGCCUGCUGGUGGAGGAGCGCCUGGCCGGAGCAACCCUCCUCAUCUUUGCUAACAAGCAGGACCUGCCUGGAGCACUGUCCUCUAACGCCAUCCGCGAGGUGAGUCCAGGCCCCAAGACAGGCUCGCUGAGGGAAAGGGGCACACAUUUAUUUAUUUUAAAAGCAUUUAUUAAAAAUAACCAAAAAGGCUGGGUGCAGUGGCUCACACCUGUAAUACCAGCACUUUGGGAGGCCAAGGCGAGUGGAUCACCUGAGGUCAGGAGUUCGAGAUCAGCCUGACCAACGUGAUGAAACCCCGUCUAUACUAAAAAUACAAAAAUUAGCCAGGUGCAAUGGCGUGCGCCUGUAAUCCCAGCUACUCAGGAGGCUGAGACAGGAGAAUCGCUUGAACCCAGGAGGUGGAGGUUGCAGUGAGCCAAGAUCACGCCAUUGUACUCCAGCCUGUGGGAAAAGAGUGAGACUUUGUCUCAAAAAAAAAGGAAAAUAAGAAAAGCAUUUAUUAGCCCCUGCUAGGUGGCAGGACCUAUGCAGGGCACUGGGGAUCCAGUGAUUAAUAAGGCAUGGGGUGGCCCACAGCCUGGGGAAGGCAGAGCUGCGCAUGUGUUGUUCACAGGCUAACAGUAGCCAGCACAUAGUGCUUUCAGUAUGCUCUGCUCCUUACAUGGAUUAACUCAUUUCAUUCUCACAACAACCUCAUGAGGUGAGAACUAUUAUUUUACAGAUGGUGAAGCAGGCUCACAGAGAUUAGGUAACUUGUCCCAGGUCACACAGCCACUAAAUAGACAGGAAGCCUGUCUGACCCCAGAGCCCACGUUUUAACCAUGAUUCUAGUACUCAAGCACCACAGUGAGAAACAGCAGGGUUAAAAUCUUGGCUCUGCCGCUUGUGAGCUAUGUUCCCCUAGGCAGGUUGCUUAACCUCUCUGAACUUUGGUUUCCUCCUUGGUGAAAUGGUCGACACGAUCCCUGACUCAUGAGGGCUUGAGGAGAAUGAGUGAGAGAGGACGUGUGGGGCUCCUAGCACGAUGCCCGGAUUCUGGUGGAUGCUCAGGAGCCCACGCUGCAUUUACAUCACUAAGGGGCAGCACUGGCGUGGUACUGGACAGAGAAGCCCAGGUGCCCCUGGGGGCUGACAAACUCUCCCUGGGACUGGCGGGGCUUCCUGGAUGGGAUGACCUGGAGCAGGGCCUUGAGGGAGGCGUGGGGUUCCUCUGGGCUGGGGAGGGAAGGGGCUGACGGCAGGCAGGGUCUGCAGUCACUGGCCACCACCAUCAGCACCUUUGUCCUCCCAGGCCCUGGAGCUGGACUCCAUCCGCAGCCACCACUGGUGCAUCCAGGGCUGCAGCGCCGUCACUGGGGAGAACCUGCUGCCGGGCAUCGACUGGCUCCUGGAUGACAUUUCCAGCCGCAUCUUCACAGCUGACUGAACCACUCCAGAUACCCCCCACCUAGCAGUCCAGGUCCCCCAACCUUCACCAAACACUACCCAUGGGGGGAUGGGAGUCAGCCAGCCAAACUAACACUCCCCUUCCUCCACCCCAACCUGCUGCUGCUGCCUGCUGCUGCUCUGUGGCCACCCGGCUCCCGUGGCGGGAGGGCUGUGCCCUGGCUGUCUCCCUGGCUCCUGACCUGGCCUUUGGCUACCAUACCAAGAAGAGAGGGCUGGGCGGGGAGGAGCUGCUACUGCUGCUACCGAGGCUGUGGGCCUCAUCCUUCACUUAGCUGCGAAAUAAACCGCUCCUUGCCCGA